AUGGCUCUGUCUAUAGAUGGUGAAGUUGCUGGAGACAGAGAGCUGUCUGUAAAAGGAGAGCGUGGACAGCUGUACCACUGGAUCCUCCCCUCCUUCUUCCAGCUGCUCAAAGACCUGGCGCAGGAAGGAUGGGAGUUUGCCGUCAUUUUCCGAUCGUUUGGAACUGAUCUACCUCGUGUGCUGAGUGCUGUGUCCAGAGCACUGAAUGAAGGCGCUCAUCCUCUGUUCCCCGAUCUGCCUGAUCUCAAGUUAAAUGUGAAUAUGACUCCCGGCAAGAUCCGCUGCAGCAAGAGGGGAAUCGUCCUGAGCCGAGCUGAGGACCGCAUGUCGACUCGAGAAGGAGAGCGAGGCCUCUACGAGUACUUCAACUCAGUCCAGGGCCUGGUGGGCUUUCAGGACCACUUUGACUGGUGGGCCAGUAACACUUUCUCUAUCCGUGGGGGGAAGCCUCUAUGGGUCGACCCCUUUGACCCACACGUUCAGCACAUCUUCAUAGACGACAACAUAAGACAGGACGACGAGCAUACCAUAGUUCAUCCCAAGGUCUUCUUGGACCCAGGUGGCAAUGAGACUCGUACAGCCUGCACCUCCGAGCUCUAUGACAUCACACUGGUCCAGACCAACCUCCUCCAGGCUAUUUCUCAGCCAAACUACUUCACCCAGCGUGUCCACAUCUGCUUGGAAAACUAUGAGAGGAAUCUCCAGCAGGGGGCAGGCUAAAACACAGUUCAGCUGACUCUGUGUUUGUGAUGGCCUCCAGUUCAGGGUCCCAUUACCUGAACACUACAAUCUCAGCAUGGACAGAGGAAUGCAGGCACAGCUGUAGACUGUAGGUAGGGCUAUGAAACACAAAAGCUGAUUACUUAUUGAAGGACCGGAGUUCAUUAAACCAUAAAUGGAAGAUGUUUACACAGGAAAGAGGGUUACAGGAAUAAAUAUGCAGAUAAGGGGGGAUCACACAUAUUAUCUAAAGAUGGCAGCUAGAUAAGUAGGAUUUUAAUUAAUCUCAAAGUGUUCAAGUAUCCUGCACACUUUAUCUACUCCAGGAGAGCAGCAAAAAGGAUGUCAGCUUAUAUAAAGGGAACUUGACAAAUAGAUUGUACUGUCUGCUGUCCCAAGGUGAACCGCCGCAAAAAAAGACUUUCCGACUUGAUUAAGCACUGAAGUGGCCAAUCCAGACUCUUUGAUUGCAUCAAAGGCUCUGUGACUAAUCACACCACGGGAUAAUUGGCCUUACUCUCUGAAAUUCGUGUCAGACAGCAUAAUUGGGGUCAGAUAUGGUGAGGAACCCUUCGAGUGUUGCGUUAUUUGUCUAGUGAGUAGAAUCCGCAGGGGUUUCGCUUCAGCUCUUCACUUGUCAACCUCAGGGUGUGACACUUUCAUGUAGCUUCUACUUUAGACUGUUUAACUCUGUUGUGGGCCACUGACUGCAUUGUUUACAUCCACUCAGAACUGAAAGGAAAUACUUGAAUAUGUCCAGAUGAAUAAAACAAAUUAGAUUGCUGAGUAUGACCGGGGUAAAACCUCAAAGGAAACUAUAAACACAUUAUGAGGGCAUUGUAUCAGAGAAUGACUUCAAAUACUAUGUAAUUUGACUAUUGCUGUUAAGAAUCACAAAAAAGGUUAGAUCAAUAACUACACAUAUAAUUUCCUGAUAUGAUCAGAUAAGAGUGAUCUAUAUCAAUGGCACAUUUGUAAGAGCAGUAUCAACAAGUCCUCCAGCCCAUAUGACUACAUAAACUAUAUGUUCCUACCCAUUUACACGACUCACAGGAACGUUUCCUAAAUUAGCGUCCCUACUGGUGAGCGACAGAAUAGCUCGCAUGUUACCAUUAAAAACUGCAGGUAUAAACACGUGGUUAACGUUGUUGAACGGUUGCAGUUGCACCAGAGCUACAUGUUUAGGUUUAGGCAACAAACUCCCUGGUUAGGUUUAUUAAAUAGAUCAUGGCCUGGCUUAAAAAAAGUAUGUUUGUUACUAACAUACAUAUAAUGUUGUUAAAAUAAUCCAACGUUGACGUUUGGUUUAACAAGGGACACAAACACAGGUCUUAUAGGUGAAAGUCCUGUGUUGUUUGACACAUUCACUUCCCCUUACGCCAACCCUAAGUGGACUUUAUCACUCACAACGUCACCUGAUUUCUUCCUUUUAUCCCGUUAUAGUUAUUAAAGCGUCAAAAGGUUGCUGCCUAACAAUAAAUGUAAAUAUGGGUCAUAAUUGCUGCUUGUACGCACAACAUAUGUAGUUGUAUUUUGGGAGAGGACUGUCUCAGCAGUUUAUAUAGUAUACAAAGAGUAUAAAGUAAUAUUUGCAACAUAUCAUUAAGUUGAACAUGGGUUUGGGAUGCGUUUUUAUUAUUUGAAAGCACUCGUGUGACAUAUUGAAUAAGUUAAAUUUGUGUGGAAGCGAUGAUAUUUCUUGCCUUUAGGGGUUUUAGGGUUUAUUUAUUGUUGAACUUUUAGGAUUUUUUUUAAUUUCUAUACUUUCCUCAGGUCAAAAUUUCCAGAGACAGCUGAAUUCAAACCGUAUCAGUGAUCUUAAGAAACAUACUCACAUGCAGGCUUAUAAGAAAAGUGAAGUAAUAAUACUAGUGAAGUAUUUUUUAAAGGUGUAUAUAUAUGCAUAGCUUUACUCAAAGGAACAAUUCACCCCAAAAUCAAAAGUCCAUAUUUUUCCCCUAACUUGAAAUGCUUUUUAUCAACCUAGAUUAAAAAUGUAGAAAUGACACAGAUGGAUAAUCUUGAGUAACUGCGUUAUGAUUCCUGGAAAAAGACAUUGUAUUUAUUUUUAUUUGUUUGUAUUUAUUGCACUUCGAGCACAACAAGCCAUCUAGUUCCAUUAUAUUAGAGAGAAGGAGGGCAUGUCUAUGGCUGAUGUCGCCAACACUCAGCAGCUCACACCAAAAAUAAUCUACAUUGAUAAAUAGCACUACAGCUAAGAGGGAAAUUAUUUAUCUCUGGUUUAGGGUUGAACUGUGCCUUUGAAAAGAAGAACAGCCAAGUGAAUACAGUGAAAAGGAAAAUUCAAAGACAUGGCUGGGAUGGACAGCUUUGUUGUUGGUGAUAACAUUUCAGUAUUUGAUUACUGCUUUGGCUUAUUUUCAGUGUGCAAAACACAAAAUGCUAGACUCACAAAAUGAAAAAAAAAGGUUAUACAUCAAACAGAAGGUUUAUCAGAUCAUAGCGACAUUGUGUUUGUUAAUCUCUGAAUAAUCAUUGUUGCACUUUGAAAUUUAUAAUGAUGAUAUAAUGCUGUCAAACAUUAUAAUUCUCAUCAAAACAAUCUACAGUGGUCGUUUCCUCUUGGUUAUACAAAUAGCAAUUAGAAGAAAAAGUACAAUUUAUGAAGAAGUUAGUGUUUGAGAUGAUCAAGAGCAAACUGUCGCUUAUUAUUGAAGACUACAAACCGUGGAUAUUUCAAUUACUUGUAUUGGUUUGAUUGGCAAAAAUAGAGUAAGCUACAGUAAUGCUGUAUUUCUGAAAAACAAUGUAGCAAACCCAUGCUACAUUGACACAGCAUUUGAUGGUAAAGAAAAAAAAAAGUGAGUUUUGUGCACUGAAAUUAUUCCUAAGCACUUUUAAAAUACUUAAAUGCCGAGCAUUAAGCUCUUAGCCACAUCACAUAGUUAUCGUAAGUUCUGAUGCUGCCAUGCAUUUGAAACCACAUCUCAUCAAUAACUUGAAAAAUGUAAUUUAUUUAUUCUUCUGAUGGUAAAUAUUUCCAUUCGGUGUUAAAUAAACCGGUAUGUGUUUUGUUAAACUGUUUGGUGUUUCUGCAUAACAACAACUUCCCGCCAGCACACAACAUGGGAUGAUUGUUAGCGUAUUAGAGAUACAGUAGGAGAAGUUAGAUUGAUUUAGCGUCCUCUGCUCUGACACCAUGAAAUAUGUCAGAAUACGGUCAAUAUGGGAAAACUGUGAAGGAGCCAACACGUGGCUGUAAUACCGAUUUUCAGACACGGCUCAUGUAUAAAUCAUCGAUAGGUCAUUGAUCAAUAGGUGUGUUUGUGUGACCUGGUCAGGUCCACUGGAGAUUAAUUAAGAAUGUACAAAGGAUGGUCAGUACAUGAAUCUGUAUGCUUUGGUGUGUUGACAACAACAUAAAAAUGCUUCUUCUCCAGCCACUUUCACACAAACACGUUCAUCAGCACCCCUGCAGCUACCUGGAAUUACUUCAAGGGGAAAUAAUGAAUGAAAGCAGAGGACUAAACGAAAAGAGAAAUACUUAGAAUACUUCCUCUCUCUGUAGUUUGGCAUUGGAUUAAAAAUGCAAAACCUGGCUUGACAGAAGUGCUUAAAAUGAGGUUUUAACGGGUGAUUGUACUCUCCUGAAGCAUUUGUUUAAUUGACUGCUUCAUUAUGGCAGAGGUCAGACACAUUAAUGUCUGUCUCGGGCUAAUUGUGAUUGACGAUGGUGGCGCUGCUGGCAAUCGACUGAACCCUUGAUGAUUUACUUAAAAAGCAGACGGUACA